ACACACAACCAAACUCAUAAAAAAAAACAAAGGCUCUUCAUCGUAAACUGCGAAACUCACAACCGAUUUUUUUAUUUUUCUUCCUCUUUUCCAACGAAACAAAACAAUAACCGAGUAUUCUUAUUCUUCUUCUACUUUCUAAAAGGAAAAAUUUUAGUCACCGCCUUACCCGGUAAUUGAUACCGAUUCUACCACCGUGUAGCCUGAGAUGUUACCGGCGCAACCGGGAAUUAAAACCGUGGUGGUAAGAAUCUCUCGAUACAGAUAGAGUGAGUAAGAGAACUGAAUAGGUUAAAGAAGAUAAAAUCGUACGGUGGGUCCCACUAAAGAUGGAAACACAGAAAAACAAGAGCCAAACCAAGCUCACCCGAACCAAAUCCUCCCUGCUUCGGUGUUCUUCCCCAACCAACCGAUCCUCCAUUCCGAGCCUCGGUUCCGUUAACGAAGACGAUUUUUACGAGGAAGAGGAAGAAGAUAAGAACCACAAGAAAAACAAAAACAAAAACAAAAAGAACAAUAAUAAUUAUAAUUAUUAUUAUUAUAACAAGAACAAGAAGAACCGGUUCGGUUCCGGUUCCGGUUCGGGUUCGAUCCGGUUUGUUGCAGUACCAAUUCUAGGUUUUUUCAGCGGGUGUUCGUUCUUCUUCUAUGUGUUUUAUUUUUCCUAUAUCGGUUCAGUGGGACCCACUUCCGAGAACGUGUUACUGAUUCUAAUUUUCGUGGCUAUAGUGCUUUACUUGUUAAACAGAAACAAACGCGUGAUUCAUAGAAGCAUAUCAGUUUUGAAGCAUUCAUGGGAUGGGAAUUUGAAACGGCUCGGUUUUUGUUCAAAAGGAAGUGCUAAACCGGUUCAAUGGUUCAUUGGAGAAACCGGUUCAGUUGAUGAGAAAGAGAAAGAGAAAGAGAAAGAAAGAGAAAAAGGGUUAGGGAAAGAGGGUGUUGAAUUUUAUAGCAAUGGUGAUUUUUAUGAAGGUGAAUUUCAUGGUGGAAAGUGUAAUGGAAGUGGUGUUUAUCAUUAUUUUCGGAGUGGAAGAUAUGAAGGUGAUUGGGUUGAUGGAAAAUAUGAUGGUUAUGGAAUUGAGAAUUGGGCUAGAGGAAGUAGAUAUAAGGGUUAUUAUAGACAAGGUUUGAGACAUGGUUAUGGUGUUUAUAGAUUUUAUACUGGUGAUUCUUAUUCUGGUGAAUGGUGUAAUGGACAGAGUCAUGGUUUUGGUGUUCAAUCUUGUUCUGAUGGUAGUUGUUAUGUUGGUGAAUUUAAGUUUGGUGUUAAGCAUGGAUUUGGAUGUUACCACUUUAGAAAUGGAGAUAGAUAUACAGGGGAGUAUUUUGGAGACAAAAUUCAUGGAUUUGGGGUCUACCAUUUUGCGAAUGGACACUGUUAUGAAGGAGCGUGGCACGAAGGUCGUAGGCAAGGUUAUGGUGUUUAUACUUUUCGAAAUGGAGAGCGGAGGUGUGGUGAAUGGGACGGUGGUAACCUAAAACACUCUCUACCACCACAAACACCUGCUGUCCUUACAUCAGUUCAGGCUGCUAGGAGAACAGCUGAAAAUGCUAUAAACUUUCCUCGGAACGAUAACCAAGUAAACAAUGCAGUAAACGCCGCAAACAGGGCCGCUACAGCUGCUAGAGUUGCAGCAGUGAAAGCUGUUCAGAAUAGAAUGGGUGGAAAAUUUUGCAAUGAUCAAGUUUAAGAGUGAGUGAGAAAUUAGAUGUUAACCAAUGUUUGGAAUUGUAAAUUUUUACUAAUCAUAUUAAGUAUUUGAAAAAAAGUGCCACCCUGGUGAACAAAAAAGCUCAUAAGAGGUGGUUGAAGAGAAUAUAUGUUCUGAUGUUUGCUUCAGAAAGUAACUUGUACAUAAACAAUGUAUAUCAAUGAAAGAUUAAUUUUCACUAGUA